AUGGGUGUCAACGGCGCCAGGAAUAAUGGAACUGAAUUAAACCUAGGAUUUGAAAGAAACAAUGAAGAUGAUUUUUCUUUUCAAUGUGGCGGAAAUGGGGCUUUGGAAAGAAAAGAAGAAAGAAACAACCGUAUUUUCAUAAAUGUGAACAAAUUAAGAACAUUAAUACCGUUUUGGUUGCUCUGCUACAUAUCAGGGAGCCGCGGUGGCUCAGGGCGAAUGCGGCCGAAUUUCUGUUCGCGCGGAAAACCGUGGAGAUUGCCUCUAGAGCGAAUUUUUGGGAAAAGAUCGCGCGAACUAUUUACAUUAGCCAAUCAGAGUGUGAGGCCAAAGUUCAUACCUGUCUGCCAGUUAACUCUGAGUUCGUUUCAACAGCGAAUUUACGCGCAUAACGCCGCUUUCAAUACAAACGAUGAUCCGUGCGGAAGGUCGCGCGAAAAGUCGCAAUGGUCGCGUUCGCAGUCGCGGUCGCGCUCAGUAUGA